AGUAUGCAUCGGAAGGGACCAAUAUUUAAAUAAGUGUGUAAUUUGAAGUGAAUUGAGCUGUAAUUCUAAUUAGAAUGCUUUAAACUUUAAAUGUAGGAAAUGCUAUGGCUGAGUUGGGGAGGCUACUUAUGUAUGAGGCUGCAAGGGAUUGGUUGCCUACCGUAGUGGGAGAGAUUCAGACACCAAUGGAUGUUGCAACGGUUGAGUUCAUAGACCCAAGAGAACCUGUUGCGGUCAUUCCAAUUUUAAGGGCUGGUCUAGCUCUAGCAGAGCAUGCUUCAUCAAUUUUGCCUGCAACAAAAACAUAUCAUCUAGGGAUAAUCAGAGACGAGGAGACACUUCAACCAUCAAUAUAUCUAAACAAGCUACCUGAAAAGUUUCCUGAAGACUCUCGCGUAUUUGUUGUUGACCCCAUGUUAGCAACAGGUGGCACAAUAGUGGCAGCUCUCAACUUGAUAAAAGAAUGUGGGGUUGAGAACAAUCAAAUUAAAGUGAUAUCUGCCAUUGCUGCCCCACCUGCUCUUCAAAAGCUGAGCGAGACUUUUCCAGGGCUUCAAGUAUACACUGGAAUUAUCGAUCCCACCGUUGAUGACAAAGGGUACAUCAUUCCUGGACUGGGUGAUGCAGGGGACAGAAGCUUUGGUACAUAAUCUGAUAAUUGUAAUAUUUUUCCAAUUUUGUUUUGUUGAGGCCAUCAUUAGCCAGGAAUUAGCUGAGUUUUUUUUUACUAUGCUAAUGAGCAACAUAUUAAGCGAAAUUGAGAAACAAAACUCGGAAGGGUAUCAAAUUUGUGUAGAGAGUUAUUAUUUUUAUGUGAUGGACAUUUUGAUUGGUGAAAGUAAUUCAAAACAAAUCUUCUUGUGGCAUGAAACUUGAUUUUAUUUUAGUACUA